GGCUACCGUCCCCGCCGUCCACCUCGCUCGGUCCACCCACCCGAUGCCCCUCCCCGAGCCGAAGAUCGGCAUCACCAAACGCACAUCCGCAUCAGACGCGUCCUCCCACCUCGACAACCCCCCUGCCAUCCCCGCCAACGACCGCGAUCGGUCUAUCUAUCCGCAGCCUCGCCCUGAACCGAAGACCAGCAUCAUCAAUGGCACCGCUGCAUCGCGCCCUCCAUGGGCAGGGGCGCCGGCACCGGGCGCAUCCUCCCAGCAGGACAACCCCCUAAUCGUCCCCGCCAAGGACAGGUCCCUCCCCGAGCCGCACCUCGGCACCAUCAACGGCGCCUCCGCGCCAUCCGCCACGGUCGGCAUGGACACUCCAUUGUUCCUGUCCGCAAUUGGUGAAGACUGUUUCCCGCCCACUUACGUCAACAAGAAGAUGUGCUGCAUCCCAGUGAACGGCCUCAAGGCCAUCAAGGAAAUCUCUGGAGUGAGCAGCAUAUUCAUGGAUGCUAGGAGAAGAUUUUCGACCUCUACGGACAUUCUAGUGCCCGCUCCUGUUGAAGAAUUUGGGGAGCACCGGUAUGGGCUUGGUUCCAACGAUACGUGGACUAUGUAUGAUGUAUUCUUUGCCAGCCGGCCUAUCUUCGAGACUAUACAGGGGAACCUGUUGAUACCAGAUGCUGAGAAGGCAAGGCUUUGGGAAGAAUCUUCCCAAAAGGUAUUCCAGAAUAUCAUAUGGCUUGCACAGUCUAACACCAAGCAUGGAAUCAAUAUUGCUCCUUCCCUGAUUUCGAGCAAUAUCAUGAUAUCUGCCAGCUCCUGCUCUGUGCGCCUUCUGCGAGCAGAAGGUUAUACCAUUGACAAUGCCAAUCAUUUUCCAACUUCUGCAUUGAAGGCAGCAGCAGCAUUGUACCAUAGCACUGUGAAAUCUCAAAGUGCCCUCGACAGUCCAAUGGAUUUUGAGCAUCUCAUGGAUAAGAUCAGUGAUCUUGGGAAUCUGGCAACCAUUCAGGAGUUGCGGUCAAUAUUUUUUGAUGCAUCUCUCCUUUCGAGCUCCCUAUAUACCAGAGCUUUGGACAGGGUGGAGUAUCUUUAUCGGAGGGCAUAUCUGUACAGCGACGACCCAGUCGAUACUAAAGCUCGUGAGAAUACAAUGUGUAAAGUGGCAACAACUGUUUGCCGUGACGGUUCGAUGUGGUCUGCAUACAUGCGCAAUGUUCCGAUAACCGCUCAUUUCCACAGUAUCUGCGUUCAAAUGGGAAAUAAGCAUCGUACACGCAUAAUGACUGGAGCUGUUGGUGACAUUGCAAAACUUCUUCAAGCACAAGAAGGGCAUCAGCAGCUGGGCGCAAUGAGAAACACUUCUUGGCACCUGUGUGAACCUGUGAAUAUUAACAGGUUUCCAGCCAUCUUUCCUCAAGCUGCGCCAUCAAGCAGCACAGGAGCUGUACCAUCAAGCAGCAAAGCAGCUGCGCCAUCAAGCAACACGACUAGUGUACAGAUAACACGAGAAGACAUCUCAAAGUAUCAUCGCUAUCACUUCAACAUGACAAUGACGACUAUCUUUGAAGAAACAGAGAAUAGUGAGACAGCAAAAAAUGAUUUGAAUAUAGAGAGCCUUUUUGGUUCUGACAGCAGGCGCAUUCCUUAGAGUUCAUUCGAGAUUCCUAGCCUCAAAAUUCUGUGAAAAAGUUCUCGGUCUGAACUUCGACUCGAAAUGAUUCAGGUCCUUUUUGCGAGACUGGUCUGUUUUUGCUCGCUGAAGUUAACCUUGUUAAGCCUGAACAAAACCAUGUUAUUUGUAAUCUUUUCUCAACUAAGUAAUGCAACAUUGCAUUGACCUUUUGUUCGCUGAAAACACAAUUCUGGGCAUAUAUUGCUCUUGGUUUGUGUUGUUUUAGAAAGUGCAUCACGCUGACAACUAUAGUUCUGAUGUGAA